GGUCACGCCUCUUGUGUGUGACGUCAGCGGGCAGGCUUGGCUCCAGUGUCCGCUUUGGGACGCACUCAGCGCGGGGAAAAUGCUGCUCUCCGUACCGCCAAGGACAGCCAUCAACCCGUACAGCGGCUCCUACAACAGCAGGAACACCAAAAAGCAGUCCUAUGUAUCCUCCGGUCCCCAGAUGGCGCCCCCGAGUCCCAACACUAACAGCAGCAGCGCGAGCAGUGCAGGAGGCGGGGAACAACUGAGCAAAACCAACCUGUACAUCCGCGGCCUUCACCCCGGGACCACCGACCAGGACCUGGUCAAACUCUGUCAGCCGUACGGGAAGAUCGUAUCCACCAAAGCCAUCCUGGACAAAACGACCAACAAGUGCAAAGGUUAUGGCUUUGUUGACUUUGACAGUCCUGCAGCGGCUCAGAAAGCUGUAACGGCUCUAAAGUCCACCGGCAUCCAAGCGCAAAUGGCCAAACAACAGGAGCAGGACCCGACUAACCUGUACAUCUCCAACCUGCCCGUGUCGAUGGACGAGCAGGAGCUGGAGUCCAUGCUGAAAUCUUUCGGUCAGGUGAUUUCCACGCGAAUCCUCCGAGACGCCAACGGGACCAGCAGAGGCGUCGGAUUCGCCAGGAUGGAAUCCACGGAGAAAUGUGAAGCCAUUAUCCAACAUUUUAAUGGAAAAUAUAUUAAAACUCCACCAGGAGUGCCAGUGCCGACGGAGCCGUUGUUAUGUAAAUUUGCUGACGGAGGACAGAAGAAGAGACAGAAUCAGGGGAAAUACCUGCAGAACGGCCGGCCCUGGAUCAGAGACACCGACACGGGAGGAAUGACGCUAACAUACGACCCAACAGCCUUACAGAACGGGUUUUAUUCGUCUCCGUACAGCAUCGCUCCGAACAGAAUGAUCGCUCCGACAUCUCUGUCUCCCUACAUGCCUUCUCAAGUACCGUCUUACCAGGUUCACAGUCCGUCAUGGAUGCACCACCAGUCGUACCUCAUGCAGCCCACAGGGACAGUUUUAACCCCAGCUAUGGACCACACGAUGUCCAUCCAACCCACCUCUCUGAUGAGUCCUCUAACCCAGCAGCUCAGUCACCUCUCACUGGGGAGCGCUGGAACGUACAUGCCUGCAAAUACGACUAUGCAAGGGACCUACAUCCCUCAGUACACCCCCGUGCCUCCGUCCAGCGUCUCUGUAGAGGUGAGACAGGAGAACAGCGGAACCCAGCAACAAGUUCCCAUAGAACCCGCUGCAGAUCACACCAACUACACGUACCAACACAGCAAGUGAAGCUGAGGACGUGUGAUGUGAUGCGGCGGUGUGAUGCGGCGUGUUGCCAUGGGUAACGGCGGUCUCUCCGUGAGGUGAUUAACUUUCCCGCUGAUGUGCAGAACCAGAGACACGGAUAGACACGGAUAAAAACACGGAUAAAAACACGGAUAAAAACACGGAUAAAAACACAGAUGAACAAAGCAACACGUCUUUUUUUUAGAGUAGAAAUUAAAAAUGGACAUCACUCAUCUUUCACUCUUCGAGAGUCGCUCAGCCAAAGGUGGGAGAUGUCAGAGAAGGAGCUUUCUUCUAUUUUGAUAACAAAAGAAAAAAAAAUGUAAAAAACAAUAAUAAUAAUAAUAAUAAUAAUAAUUCCUGAAAGGGUGAAGAAAGACACGUUGUGUUAGCUUCGUGUGUUCGUAAGAGCAAAUUCUUAUUUUUUAAGAAAUCCUUUUUGAGAAGCUGAGAUAAAGAGAUAAUGUAACAACACCAUGUGUCUUUAUUAUUGUUUUUUCUUUUUUUGUAAAAUAUGCAAGUUUUUAUUUCUGUUUUUUCUUGUUUUGUUUUUCGAUCAGCAGCAGUUUGAGAUAUUUUUGUACUGAAACACGAACAAUGCAUUAUAUUUUAUUUGUCAUCGUUUUAAAAAUUUAAAUUUAUAUUUUUGCUACAAGUGAACCAUUUAAAGUCACUUCUUCUUCUUUGUGAAAGUAAAAAAAGAGAAAUAAUUAUGAUUAUAUAAUUUUAAUAUCUUCUUUUUAUUUAUUUUUUAAAAAAAUGCAACAGACAAUCAUUAUUGUGUUAUUUAUUCGUGACACGACGGCGUAGCAUUUCCAGAAAUAGAUUUUAAAAAGUUUUUAUUUUCUUCGUUUGGCUUUAUUCCUUUAUUCCUCAGAUAUUAAAAAAAGAAAAAAGAAAAAAUUACAAGUUUUACUGACUGAAGAAGUGACUUUAAGUGGUUUUAUUUAAAAAAAAAAAGAAAAAGGCACCCAAAUUCCUGAGAAAAUGUUUAAAUCUGUUUAUGUCCUUCACAUCACCGUUAUAGUGUUACACAAAGACGCGUCACAUCGAUGUGUAAAUACUGUAACGCUGAAAUGCUUAGGAUUGAAAAAAAAAAAAACAGCCGCUGGUGAUGUGGAAAUUAUUGUGUGCAUUAGAGAAAUCUUUUAGAAUUUUUUUUUUUCUAAAAAAAAGCCUAAUUUUUUUUGGUGCUGGGUAAAUUCUUGAAUUAAUUAAAUCCCAGGAAAAGGAGAUUAGCGUGUCCUUGAAAGGAUGAGAAUUUUUUUUUUUUGCUGCUCUUUUAUUUUUUGCAUUUUGUCUUUUGUGUUGAUUUUUCUGUCAUGUGCAUGUUACGCUUUUUUCUCUGUAAUGUCCAAUUUUAAAAAAUUCUAGAGAAAAUUUUAGAGAAUAGAAAUUACGUAGCUGUAGAAAAGGAAUGUCGAGGGCAGAGUUUUCUUCAAGAUUCAUAAAAUUUGCAUCUGUUUUUUUUUAUGUUUUUCUUUUUCUGCUUUUUUUGUCACCAAAAAUUCCUUUCACUUUUCUUCACUUUUUUAAAAUAAAUUAUUUCCCUCAAAAAUUUAAAUUCAGCGAUGAUCAACGACCUUCAUCAUGACGUCUGAACACAAAAUAAGGGCUUAUUUUAUAUUAAAAACAAAACGAAACAAAGACCACAGUACAAUAUGCAGAACUUCUUUAAAGUUGAUGAAUGUAAAUACCAAUGAGCUUCUUUAAAAAUAUAUCAAUAAAUAAAUAAAUAAAUAAAUAAAUAAAUAAAUGCUAAUUUAAAGUUUUGUAAGUUUGCAAAAUCUAAAUGUCAACAUCGGUAUAAUAUUAAUAGCAAAACCUUUUUUUUAUUUAUUUAUAAUUGGUUGCGAAUGAAGAUCAGGGUAGAAGUCUGUAGUGUUAAAAUACUGUUGCGUGGCGCUAAUCCUGAAAUAUUUUAGCUUUUUUUUAAAAAUAAUGAGCUAAUUUUUUAUCAUACUGUUCACAUUUUAUUUAUAUCAGCUACCAAAGAUAACAAAGCUAUCUCCUAAUAAGUUGAUUCAGGCGACAAUUUUUGUUUUUAUUUAACAACAAAUAAAUAAUUACGGCUCGUCCCAAACGCUAGCGUACGAUAAAAUAAAUUCGAGAGAACUUUUCUAACAAAUAACGGAAAUUUGUGUUGUGAGACUGUGCUCAUGGACAGAGUGCGCUAUUGCAGCUAAUGAAUAGCCAGCUAAUAAGCUAAUUAGCGGUUAGCAUAUGAGAUUAGCGCUCUGUAUCUGUUCAGGAAGCUCAGCUGAACGUUACGUUUGUAGCCGCUGCUAUUUCUCUCUGUUAAAACGCUCUCGCAGUGCAUUAUGGGUAAUAUAUAUGUAUGAAUCCUCAGCCACUGGGAAUAAAAUGGAAGUUUUUUUUUCCGUAAAAUAUCGUUUAGGGCUACGUCGAUAUUGAGAGCUAAUUAAAUUUUAAUUUUACGGUUAUACAAAUUUUAAUUUGUCGUCUAAAAACACUACAGCGCCAUUACAGAUCAUUAUUUUAUUCAUUAUUUCAUUAAAGCGAAACGUUAUUUCGGUUGUUUUCAGUAACCUUUGACCCUAAAAUCAAGACACUUUUUGGAAAACUGAGUUUUUAAGUUAAACCAGAACUAAUUUCCACUUUUUUUUUCCUCUUUAUUUUCUUUUGAACUUUUUUCUUGUGUUUUUGUUGUUGUUUUUGUUGUUGUUGUUGAAAAAAAAAGCAUAUUUCACAGGUUAAAAACAUGCAGUUCACCUCAUGAAGGAAGCAAAUAUGGGUUUUAAUCAUGAAAUAUAGAUUUUUUUUUUUAUUAAAAAGAGCUUAUCAACUUUCACUACAAAUCCAAAAACAAGUUUUGAAACUAUGAAAUGACGUGUUACAUCACAGUGUUGUUUUUUUUUAAAUAUAUUAGAUGUUAUUUAUGGUUUUCACUAAGAAAAUGUUGAAUAGUUCAUUUAAAUUCAAGAUAAAUAAAUGAUGUUUAAAAUAAUUUAAAAAAUAAUACUUUGUUUGUAGGUCAUAGGUCAUAUUUGCACAAAAUCCAGCCAUUUAUUUAAAAUACAGUUUCAUCUAUUUAACAAAAAUAAUAAUUGUAACCUUCUUAAUUUUUUUAUCUCAAGCCAUGUCCCAUUUAUUAUAUUUAAAAAUGCGCAAAUUCGGAGCAUCGUUUUCAUCGUUUGCUCGUUUUAAAUAAUGAAAUUAAUUCUCAUUAUUUAUGCACAACUAAUAGAAUAUUCAAAUAAUAAUAAUUAAUAAUAAUAAUGAUAAAAAUAAAAUAACAAUUAAAAACAAAAUAUAUACAAUAAAUAAUUCUAGGCAGUAAUAAUGUCAUCAAGACGUUUUGUUUUCUUUCUACUUGGUUUUACUUUUAACUUUUAACUUCCUGCUUCUUGACUCCGCCCACAUUUAUUACGAUUUUAAAUUUUGAGAUGUAUAUUCAGAGUAAGGAUUUUUCUUUUCUCUUCUUGCCUCGUAAAGUUUAUUUCAUAGUUUCAAAACACUUGGCUGCUAUAACAGGAGAGUCGAGCAGUUCAGGAGAUAAAAGCCACAUUGACCGGGACAAACCUGCAAAAUGUGCCUCGGAAAAAUACAAAAAACUAGAAAAAAAAAGUUUUUUUUUUAAAAUCUUGAAACUAUAAAACAAUGUGUUUACAGGCCAGACUGUCUGCUAUACUGCAAUGCUAAUUGCUAAUAAAACGUAUGAACAAAUGUAUAGCAAGAUGAAAUACCGCUAUGAAACAUAGCAAGACUUACGUUUAUAAAUAGUCAAGUUUUAAGGAAAAUUGCAUUUUUUUUAAACAUAGGAAUCAUUUGCAUAUUAAAACUAGCUACAGUUAGCAUAAAGAUGACAUUAGUGUUAGUAUUAGUAUUACGAUGUUUUAUUUUUGAGUACAAAUAUGCAAUUUCUGUGAAAUCUCUGAUGAAUUUUCGUAGCGUAACUCCGUAAAUCUCUUCAGCUUAGUUGUAUUGGGUUGAGGAGAUUUUUAGAAACAAACUUUUAUCCGUCCAAAAAUUCUCCAGGUUUGACUCGUCAUUGUGUUUAUCGAGCGAAAGUUUGGCUCAUCUCUUGAACUGCUUUUUUUUUUUUUUUAAAAACAUAUUACUUAUUUAUAAUAUUACACAUUUUGUACAGUUAUCAGAAGAGUUUUGAUAUUUUGGUUUGCUCCGAUGUUCGCGUGUCUUCCUGUGCCACAGCUGAUUUUUAUUGUUACUCUUGUGUUUGUUUUUAAUUUGUUGAUGAAAAAACUUUUCUUUUUUUCAGUUUUACUAUUUUUUUGGAACUUUGUCUGUUGAUUUUUUUUCUCUUUUUUAAAUAAAAAGGUUUUUAAUCGUUGUAA